AUAACAAUUAUUCAAUAAAAAUCAAAAAUAAUAAUUAUUCAAUAAAAAUCAAGUUACUUAAAAUGAGUGUAGGCGUACAUGCAUAUAUUAGAUUUGUGGUGAAAAUGGAGGUGUGUAACGUCCAGAGGGAUUGUUUCCGACAUAAUAAAGUAUAUAGAUUCUUGAUCAGCAUCAAUAGCCGAGUCGAUUGAGCCCCGUCUGUCUGUCCGUCCCUAUAAGCGCCUAGGGCUCAAAGAUUAUAAGAGCUAGAGCAAUGACAACGAACUCUUUGUCGUGCCGUUUAAUAUUAGCGGCGUCUGCCGGAGGAGAGCCAUAUUGACUAAGUAUAGGGUAUAAAUGUAGAGUUGCGGUCGCCGCAACAACUCACAACGUUACCCCUCGUUGAUUAUAUUUUCAGAUGUAGAAUAUAGGGCGACAGACUCUCUCCCCAAUUUUCGGAUAGAUAUAGGAUAACAACUGUGAAUAAUAAUGAUUUCGAAAAGGAUUCUUCCGUAUUCAAACAAAUCUAUUGGAUAUUAUUUCCAUCAAUUCUUGUUUUAGAAAAGGAACUGCGAACUAUUUAUGUUGCCCAGAACGAUGUCAUUUAGAAGCAUUAUUUUAAUGAACGAGUGGACUUCAGGAACUGGUUUAAGUCUGGAUGCGUGCCGAAGCGGAUACAGUAUAUGUACAUGUAGAUGUGCCAGUUCAUACACCGAACAUGUUGCAAACGACCUUUCUGGAUUGGAUCCCAGUGACUUCGGCUCUGAUCCCAGCUCCCAAUGGAGACUACGAAUAUUUUGUUCCUUCUGAGAGCACAUCGUGCAUCCGCCAGCUGCUGGUACGACUUACUUGCCUCGCACGUGCAUACAUUACCGACGUCGUCUUCCCUCCUGGACCAUGCUUCAUCCGCUUUCGUCGGCUCUAUUGGUCGAGACCCUCUCUGGCCGCAAACUGCUAUGCAGCGAUCCCCUCUUCUUACUUAGGCAGGUCGUCCCCUCCUCCGGGAAUACCUCUUGCGUGCCUGCGGACACCGUUGUGUCCACCGUCGUUUAACAGGAGCUUCCCGCUUCACCGUUCACAGUUCACUGCCUUUUCAGUCCGCAUCGUCCUCAAGUGAUCGCGCCGUAGCUCCUCGUCCUCUCCGGAGUUCCAAGAGAUGUGCUCCUGGCUGGACCGUGGCAGCCAUGAUGCCGAUGAGUCGACAAUGUGUCGUCCCGUCCUCUGCAUCAGGGAAUAGUGAUCGGCAGCGGUAUUUUUGUUUCCCGGGAAAUAAUGUCAACAACCCCCCUAUCCAUACUCCGCCGAAUCAAACGCUGGGCUUUAGUUUUGAGACGCGUAAGUAAAGCAGUAAAU